CCGGUGCACCAUAAACCCACUAUUUCUUUCUCAUGAGAGAUGCUCUCCCUCCCAGCAAGCGCUCUGAAUUGCCUCACCGUCCCAAGCCUUCCUCCCCGUUCCUCUGAAAAAUGGCCGCACUCUCCUCUGUCUCUCUCCGUUCUCUCGUCGGCCCCGUCUCCACUGAUCUCGACGACCGUGACUUUGGGUCCGCCAAAUCCCCUUCGAGUUUCCAGUUCAAGAAGGAAGUGAAUUUGGUGGGAAAGAGAUUGAUGUUGUCUAAAAAACUCGUACCUCACUGUUCGAAGGACAGAGAGAUGGAUGUGAGCACCUCUGCUUUGGUGGAAGGUGUAGCUGUAAAUGAUGUUGAUGUGAAGGAGCCGAGCAUAUCGACGUUACUGAUGAAUUUUGAGAGUAAGUAUGAUCCUUAUGGUGCUAUCAGUACGCCACUUUACCAGACAGCUACAUUCAAGCAGCCUUCAGCAACAGAAAAUGGUCCAUACGAUUACACCAGAAGUGGAAACCCCACUAGGGAUGCCCUUGAAAGCCUUCUAUCAAAGCUUGACAAAGCAGAUCGUGCAUUUUGCUUCACAAGUGGGAUGGCUGCUUUAGCUGCUGUCACCCAUCUUCUUGGAGCAGGUGAAGAGAUCAUUGCCGGAGAUGAUAUCUAUGGUGGCUCUGAUCGAUUAUUGUCACAAGUAACUCCUAAAACUAGCAUAGUGGUCAAACGGGUAAAUACAAGUGACCUAGAUGAGGUUGCUUCUGCUGUUGGUCCCAAGACCAAACUUGUGUGGAUAGAAAGCCCAACCAACCCAAGAAUACAAGUUUCUGAUAUUCGUAAAAUUGCAGAAAUUGCUCACGCCCAGGGUGCACUUCUUUUGGUGGAUAAUAGUAUAAUGUCGCCCGUCUUAUCACAGCCUCUGCAACUUGGAGCAGAUAUUGUCAUGCAUUCUGCUACUAAAUUCAUAUCUGGGCAUAGUGAUGUCAUGGCUGGUGUGCUUGCAGUGAAAGGGGAGAGCUUGGCCAAACAAAUAUACUUCCUGCAAAAUGCAGAAGGCUCUGGUUUGGCCCCGUUCGACUGUUGGAUCUGCCUACGAGGUAUCAAGACCAUGGCAUUGCGCAUUGAAAAGCAGCAGGAGAAUGCACAGAAGAUAGCUGAAUUUCUAUCUUCCCAUGCGCGAGUGAAAAAAGUAAACUAUGCCGGUCUUCCCAAUCAUCCUGGCCGGUCGUUACACUAUUCUCAGGCUAAGGGUGCAGGAUCCGUACUGAGCUUCAUUACAGGAUCAGUGCCGCUCUCAAAGCAUAUCGUUGAGACUACCAAGUACUUCAGCAUAACCGUUAGCUUUGGGAGUGUGAAGUCUCUCAUAAGCAUGCCCUGCUUCAUGUCCCAUGCGAGCAUACCGGCUGCAGUCCGCGAGGCUAGAGGCUUAACAGAAGACCUCAUUCGAAUUUCCGUUGGGAUUGAGGAUGUUGAUGAUCUGAUUUCUGACUUGGACAAUGCCCUCAAUACAGGGCCAUUAUAGUUGCUGUCCGAGGACUUAUCUCUCUUGUCCAUGUUUUGGAUCGCCACUCUCACAUUCCCAGUUCAGAGCUCGUCUUGCACUUCUGAUUGUUGUAGACAGUGAUUUGUCUCCUUUUAGUGAGAAUUUUGCAUUGCGUAAUGUAUUUUAUCUUUAAUAAUUUUGGUUUAGCAAA